GAUAAUUGAUUCUCUUUAACGUGGCAGUUGCGGUGAAUUUAUGAUCAUUUAUGCUGCUGUUUAUUAUGUGAAAUGCAUUCAUGAGCGGUGCUUGUAUUGUAGAAACUAUUGAUGCGUAUCUUUGAUAGAGACUAGAUCGUGGAUUCUGAAACUUUGCUCUCUUAUACAUGUAGAAUGUCAUUGUAACAUCAACUUUGAGAGCGUCCAUAUUUUCUUCCGAGUUUGGUGAAUGCACUUUCUUGAAAGGACAUCAUGAUAUUCAAGACAACCAUGACCAUCUUGGCAGUCUGUGCAUACAUUGCAUGUUUACAAGACUGUGUUUGAUCAUACCUUCUAGCCAAUUUAUCUCGUCUUGACAAUCUUGACUGAAAUCAAGAAGCAACUUUGGGGGAAUUGUGUCCAUAAUUUGCUCCCAUCUGCAUUAUCACAACGGCAAACAUGGCGUGUGAAUUUCACGUUUCUGGAAGCGAGUCGUCGUGUAGCCUGCGCUUAGACUUAGAGCCACGGCCGACAAACAACAGAACGUCGCAGCUCUUAGCACUUCUACGAGAUUUGGUGCUUAAACGUUGGGAAGUGCUUUACGCCUGGCAGGUUUAUCAAGAGCAACAACUGCAAGCGUACGUGGCGUGGGUGAACUCUCAGCUCAAGAAGAGAGCAGGAUGUCGGAUGGUGGAGGAUCUCCGGCGGGACAUGCAGGAUGGCGUCGCCCUCGUUCAUCUCGUUGAAAUAGUCUCUGGAGAAGCCCUUUCUCGAGUAGACUAUGACGCGACCUCAGCGACUGUAAUGAGAGAGAAUGUAGAGCGCGUCUUACAAUUCAUGGCUUCCAAGCGAAUUAGAAUGCAUCACACAUCAGCUAAAGAUAUUGUUGAUGGUAACCUCAAGUCCAUCAUGAGGUUGAUCCUAGCCUUAGCAGCACAUUACAAACCCAGCAGUGUCAAGCAAGCAUCCCAGGCCUCGCCCAUGGGUGCAUCACCAUCGACGCCCGGUACACCUAACUCCACCCCUCAGAGGAAGAGCCAACGCCAGCCCUCGUUCACCGCCAUGGCAGCCAAUGCAGCGGCAGCCAUUCACGACGCGAGGAAAGAAGCGGCCGGAGCAGGCAGUGGCUCGUUGAGGAGAUACAAAGAUAUGACACCAACGCAUAAGCAAGGGUCCACCAACCACCAUACAAUGUCCCCCUCCCCCGUCCAUGGUAACUCCCAUAUAGGGGCACAUCAUACAGGGAUGGGGUCCCUCUACCCCACUAGCACGCACCAAUCCUACCACCACCACCACUAUCCUCCUACCACUACACCGACCCAUGACUACCAGCACAGAGUCUUACCAAGAGGUGAAUCUAAUGAUGUCCCUGACGGACCGCUAGCUACAGGGGCUAGUAGCCCUCUACACCCUUCAGCUAUGGUCGCCUCACCUAAUACCACCUCAGCCUCAGCUAGCCCUAUGGUGAAUAGGAUGGGCAGUGAUCGCAGGCGAGCUAUGAGUCCCAGGCAGCAGAUGAGUUUAACUCAUAUGUCAGACUCGGAUCAAGGAAGUGCAGGUGAAGAUGGCGGUCCCCAUUCACUUCCUAGUUCACGGAGGUCAUCCAUCUCACUCAGUGAAGCAUUGAUAGAAGAGCAAGCUCUCAUGGGGGAUAGCAUAGAAGACACAAAGAAGUUAUUACAGAGUCUACAAGAACUGCUGCUGCAUGGUAAGAUAGCGGAGGAAGAUGGAAGCUCCGAAGCGGAGGAAGACCAGAUUGAGUUUGAAGGAACAACAGCUAAGGAACAAGUGGUCGUAUUGCAAGCGAGAUUAAACCAGCAGCAAUAUGAGUGCAAUCAACUUCGUAACGAGCUGUCAAAGGUCAAGCAAGAUUGUCGUAAUCUCCAGGGUACCAAGGCGGGGCUACAGUCACGGUUGACUGAGCAGGACAACGCCAUCCUUCAGAUGAAGGCCGAUAGUCUGAAGAUGGGGUUCACGCAACAGAAUUUAGAAGCUGAAAAUUCGGAGUUGAAGAGAAAUUUUGAAGAGAAGGAUCGUCAAGCGAGUGACAUCAGUAGACAGCUUGGUCAGAAAGAUAAACUUCUCGGUCAACAGCAAGAACAAAUUGAAAGUCUGACCCAUCAAAUGCUACAGCUCAACUCAUUCAAGACUCAGCUCCAGAACAGACUAGAGGAAUCAGGAGGCUCUAAUAUGGAGCUAGAAUCCCAGAUACAGGAACUUAGUCAUAGACUUAGUACAGUCGGAAUAGCAGAGGCCAAUCUAGCAGCACACAUAUCAGCACACGAUAGGAAACUAGGCAAGCUUGAAGGUCACCUUCACAAUCCAGAUAGACCAUCAUCACUUGGAGAGGGGUCGGAGGAUAUGCAGACAAUUCGCAGUACUCUAAGAAGUCUUCGUAGUAAUAUUAGUAGCCACGAUCCUAGCCAUCAUCUUCUAGAUUCCUUAGAACAGGGUAUAGUAUCUAUCAUGGAUCAGCUGCAGGACUCUCACUACCACAACUCUCGUCCAAUCAGUGAGUCUAGCUCAACGGAGAGCGCCAUCAGGAGGUACAAUCAGACCAGGUCAUCACCGUCUGAUGAUACUCUCGGUGAUCACAAAGAAUCCCUCACAAGUUUAGACAGAUUGAGCCCAGCCAAUAAUAACUUAUCCCAGCCAUGUACUAAGGUUUUAUAUUUCACUGAGAGAACCGUCACGCCUUUCAUGUCAUCUAUACCGAAGAGGUUAGGGGAAGUGACGCUAGCAGACUUCAAGCAGAUCUUUGACCGAGAAGGGGCGUACAGAUUUCACUUCAAGGCGUUAGAUCCUGAGUUUGGAACAGUAAAAGAAGAGGUGAUCAAUGAUGAUGACAUACUCCCUGGUUGGGAAGGCAAGAUUGUAGGCUGGGUGGAUGAAGACACAGGCUGAUACAGAGGGGGGUGACUCCGCUCCACUCAAUAGCCUAUUUACUUGAUACACGCUCUUCUGCCAGCCAUGGAUGGAUAGUGAAUGGUGCAAAGCUUUGAUAUGCCAUGAUGUGUCACAUGAUAUCUAGUUCUUGUGCUUCAUGAGACACCAGAGUAAUGCAUUCCUUCAUUAUAGUUGUGAUAUUUUGAAAUAUUUGCACUAACUCUUUACUUGCUUCCGUUGAUCAUCGGAACGAAAGAUGGUCUGCCACGCUCGACCUUUGUUACACUUAAAGUACAGUUUCCAACUGAAUUAUUCAUACCCCUUGUAAAUUCAUGUUUUUUGUGUGUUUCGUAACUCAAAAAAGAAAGGUGGACUGGUUGAAUGAGGGCCUCUGUUGAAUAGUUUUAGAUCUGAGCAUCAAUAUGUCAAAUUCUCAAGAAAUGUGAAUCGGAACAAAUCAUUUUUUCAUAUACCUAAAAAAUUAGAAGACUUGGUAAGGUUACAAAUAAUUUAGUUGUUGACUGUAUGAUAUACUCGGUACAAUGAGGCCUUCCAUUGUUUUGAUCCAUGGUGGAAAAAGAGUUCAUGAUUGGACCAGUGAUGGCCUGCUUGUUCUGACUUGUUUUCAAUAACAAGAUUGAGCACAUGAUCUUUAUCUCAAACCAACAAUUUCUGUACAAUAAUUUAAACUUCUCCCAGGUUGCCUAACAUUCCUGUUAGUGUCAAUAUAGCAGGCCUGA